CUAUGCACCCGCGCUUCUUUACUGGGCUUUUGAGGCCAUGCCUUCUCUCGGGAGUAAGUUCGGUGAGAACAGUGGGAAUCAGAUUCCGAGGAUGCUUAGCUGGGCUACGAAGACUGAUAUCACUAUUUCGACAGCUCUGUUGGUUCCUAUAUUCGCCAAUCGUCGAUUAGUGGUAUUUUCCAUGCUGAAGUCACAUCCCGGUGAGGUAGUCUACUACAAUAGCCUCCCAGAAGUUGAUUCCAGGUUAUUCCCUGAGUUGGAAUCAACUGUGGGGGAGGUUGGGACUACAGUGGAUGAAGUAGUGGUACCUGAGAAGGAGGCAGAGAAGCUAGCAAAAGUUGCAAAGGAAGCCUCCAUUUUUUAUGAGGAUGUCCCGAGGGUUGAGGACGGCACUUCACAGGCCUGUGCAGCUUCAUCUAGUCAGGUUGCCCAGCCUGAUUAUGAGCAAUUGAUGCAGAGGCUCAAGAGGGUUGAGGAGGGCCAGGCAACCUUACUACAGAAUCAGACCACGAUCAUGGCUCAGUUGGCGCAGCUGCUUUCAUUGGUCUCAAGUCGAUCCACCGACGUAAAAUCAGAUACAGAGACGGCAGUACUGGAAACCAUGCCUAGAAACACCGAGGGAAAAUAA